CUGAUGUCCAAUCCACACUGUCUUGUGCGACGGAGGACGGCAGCGAUGGCGCGCCAGAAUCUGGAAAUCAGACAAGUGAGUGGGUUCCCCGGAGAAAAUCACUGGAAGCCAAUCUGGAAAAAUAUGCGAGCGCUGGUGAUCGGAGAGUAACCGAAUGGUGGGGUCUUCGUAUAUAUCACGAUUCACUUCACGUGACGCUUUACUCUGUUUCUUUCCCGCGGAAACCCUUUGAAGUUUGAACUUCCCUUUUUCCCUGCCUUACUCGUGGAAGCCCUAGCCAUGGCGGUCCAGGAAGAAGAUCGCCCGGACAUUCGUGAUUUGCCCGACGAGCCUUGGGAUUGGGAAGAAAUAUCUCGCAAUCUUCUUUACAACAUCGAUCAAGAGUUGGGGGAUGAGAGAUCUCCAUGGGGAAGAAAGAAGCACAGACUUCGUUGGUUGGGGAAGCCGAGAGCGAUUCCCCAAGUGAUCCUCAAGCUUCAGGACCACAAUUUCAGGGAAUCUGCUCUUCAAUUGCUUAGUUCUUUCCUUUUCGAGAAGAGGGAAGAGGACCCAGAGAAUUAUUACAGAGCGGGAUUGCUUCUGUUCCAUUCCUGCGGUACCAUGGCCAUUCUGAUACAGGAGGUUCUCUUGAUCUAUAGGAUGAUGGCUGAUGGAAGUCUAAAUGAGAGAGCAUGCAUGCGACUUAUCAAUGUCAUUAUUCUAUUCCAGUGCAUUGCAGCUAAUAGAGAAACUCGGCAAAAGCUCAUGAGCUCCUGCAUUGUCAACUUCUUGGUACCCUUAGUACCGUUCAUAUCCAGCCUGGAGGUGUAUGACAAUGUGAGAGCUGUUGCCUUGUCCGUGUUUGGCAUCUUAUGCCAGGCAAGAGAAUCUAGUGCUGUCCAAUGGGCUAUUGAAAAUGAGGUGGUCGAAGUAUGCUUGAUUAGCAUGGACACUGGAAACGAACUCACGAGAGUGAUUGGUCUGCACAUUGUUGAAUCCAUACUUCGGGUUGACUUUGGAAUAUCAUACAUAUUCAGUCCUGCAGCUGAUCAUCUGUUGAAUAAACUGAUGAGAACAUUGGAUAAUUUGGUAAAUCUGAUAGCUGUUGUGCACAACUUCUCUCCUCGAAUCCUAUUUCACACCAUCCGGUGCUAUGCUCGCUUAUGUCAUGAUGAAAGGGGACAUAAUCUUGUGAAGCAGUCACUCCCUGAAUCCAUCAUCAAGGGCACUUUUCAUGGAAACCUGAAGGACUUUCCGGUAAUUCAUAGAUUGCUUUCACAACUACUACUGAUUGCUGGUAUAAAUGCCUCAUGAGCAGCUGCUUCUUCAGUUCACGAGAUUUUAUCAUUCAGAAAGAAUCAGGACUAACGGUGUCAAGUGUUUCCUGGAGCUGCUGCAUUUCGGGGUUCAGGUGUUAUAUUGCAUAAUGUAGAAAACCGGUUCCUCAGAGAGAGAAAUUACCAGAUGUUUACCCGCAUCUUUUGUUGCGUGUACAAAAUCCUCUGUAAAUUGCAUUUUUGGUUGAAAUUCUUAGUAAGAUUUCGAAUUCUCAAAA